AUGGCGUCGUCUAGUCGUACAGAGCCAGUGGAUGAAAUCCCCGCUGAUUCCCGCUCAAUUUCGGACGAGUCGGACUCUAGCAACGAGGAGGGAUGGGAAGAUGUCGAGGCUGAUGAUGAGACACAGCCUGUCGUGGAUCUUUUCUCCACCGAGGUUUUCCCCGAUGCACGAUCUAUGCUGAAGGCGUGCAAGGAGAAGCACCAGUUUGAUCUGUUGAAGAUUCAGAAGGAUCUCGGUCUGGAUUUCAUUGAUACCAUUAAGCUGGUGAACUACAUUCGAACCCAAGUCAAGGCCGGAAACAAGUCAAUCGAUGUCCAGUCUAAGUCUCAGUUUGACGAUGAUCUCUACUUGAAGCCUGUGAUGGAGGACGAUGCUCUUCUGUACAGCCUGGACGACAUCACCGAAGAACAGGGUGAGGAGGCAGCUACUGGAAGCGAAGCUGAGCGCCGAGUUCUAGAGCUUCAGGAGGAACUGGAGAGACUACAGACUCAGUUCUCUGAGUACAGGCUCGCAGUCCAGCAGUCAAUGGAAGAUCAAUUGUCUAAGGAAGACGAGAAACUUGCACCCAAGGCUUCUAGCUCCAACAAAGCUCAGGAGGUCGAUGAUGAUUACUUCGCAUCUUACGCUUAUAACGGAAUUCACGAGUCCAUGUUGAAGGAUGCCAUCCGCACUGAUGCCUACCGCGACUUCGUUUACGAAAACAAGCACCUUUUCAAGGAUAAGGUUGUUCUGGAUGUGGGCUGUGGAACUGGUAUCCUGUCCAUGUUCUGCGCCAAGGCCGGUGCGAAGAAGGUCAUCUCCGUUGACAAUUCCAACAUCAUCGACCGUGCUAAGGAAAUUGUCUUUGACAACGAGUUUGGAGAUGUUAUCACUCUUGUCCGUGGAAAGAUCGAGGAGGUCACUUUGCCGGUUGACAAGGUUGAUAUCAUUAUCUCCGAAUGGAUGGGUUAUGCCCUACUCUUCGAGUGCAUGUUUGACUCCGUCAUUUACGCUCGGGACCGCUACCUCGCUCCUGAUGGUCUGAUGGUUCCUUCCCACGCGACCCUUCGCAUCGCACCCUACGAGGACCCAGACUUCCUGGCUUCCCACAUCUCCUUCUGGGAGAAUGUCUACGGCUUCAAGAUGACUAGCAUGUUAUUGAAGAUCUACGAUGAAGCCCUUGUUCGCAAUAUCCCAUCUUCGACAAUUGCCGCGGACUCAGCAAUCUUCUUGCCUCUUCCCCUACACACCAUCACCGUUGAUGAGUUGACCUUCUUGAAGGAUUUCCAGGUCACAUUGAACAAAGACAUCGAUAACCUGGAUGGCUGGGCGAUCUGGUUCGAUAUCUUCUUCAUGCCUUCACGAGACUCACCUAUCCCCGAGAAUGCUGUUCCCGCCGAUAUGCAGAAGAAGGGAUUCGUCGGAUUCACCACUGGACCUGAUGGUAUCGAGACUCACUGGCAGCAAACGAUUGCACUGAUCGACCAUGGCAACCACAAGCAGAAGUCUCUUAAGAAGGGGCAGGUCAUCUCCGGCAAGAUUGGAUACCAGAAGAGGGAUCAGGAGGGUUCCCGAGGCCUCAACAUCAACAUUGAGUGGCAGGGAGGCGAAAACACCAAGGGUGCUCAGAAGUGGUCGCUUCAAUAA